UUAUGGGGGGAGCUAAAACCCUUUCCCUCCUUACCGAAACCCCAACGAUGCGCCAUUGGUUUCGUUUCGCUGGCCUCGCCCGGCGCCUCGACCGCCACUACAAGGCGGCGAGGGCGCCAUCUCCGGCAAACCCUCCAAAGGCUCCAAAGAAACCACAGAAAUUCAGCUUCCACGGAAUAACAUGGGAGGAUCCAUACAGUUGGAUGUCUCAGAUUAACGACAAGGUAGCGAUGCGUCACAUGGACGUGUACAUGGAGCAAGAGGAGAAGUACACUGAGGCCAUCAUGUCCGAUUCGGAGCGCCUCCUCAACAAGCUUCACUUGGAAAUGGCCUCUCGCACGCCCUUCGACCUUUCCACCCCUCCCCUUCGCUGGGGCCCUUGGCUCUAUUACCGUCGCGUCGAAGAGGGGAAACCUUACCCUGUGCUUUGCCGAAGAUUGUCGAGCUUGAACGACGAUUUCGUUUCUCAUAAGUAUCCUCCUGCUGGAUUCGAUUUUACCACGGGCAAGACCAUUGAGCAGAAGCUCGUGGACUAUAAUCUAGAAGCUGAGAGGUUUGGAGGCUAUGCUUAUGAGGAGCUGUCUGAGGUUUCACCGAAUCAUCAGUUUCUUGCAUACACAAUGUAUGAUAAAGACAAUGACUACUUUAAGUUAUCUGUUAGAAAUUUGAAUUCAGGUUCGUUGUGUAGUAAGCCACAGGCAGAUCGAGUUUCAAACUUGGCAUGGUUGAAAGAUGGGCAGGCUCUGCUUUAUGUUGUUACAGAUCAGAAAAUGCGGCCUUACCGUAUCUACUACAGUCUGAUUGGAUCAACUGAUCAAGAUGUUUUACUUUUGGAGGAAUCAGAUGAAAAUGUUCACGUUAAUAUUAGGCACACAAAAGACUUUCACUUUGUGACUGUAAAUACAUUUUCUACCACAUCGUCAAAGGUCUUUCUAAUAAAUGCAGCUGAUCCAUUGUCUGGCUUGAAACUAGUUUGGGAGUGUGAUGCUCUGUCUCACUGCAUAAUUGAACAUCACCAAGGUUACCUUUAUUUAUUUACAGAUGCUCCCAAAGCAGGGAAAUCAGUUGAUUAUCAUUAUCUUCUUUGUAGUCCAGUGGAUACUCCUUCAAGUCCAAGAAAAUGGGAGGAGGUAUUUGUCAAUGAUCCAGAUUUAAUUGUUGAGGAUAUUGAUUUUAGUGAUAAAUACUUGGCACUGAUUGUGAGGGAAGGUAAAAAAUUUCAACUUUGUUCAGUUGGACUACCAUUGCCCUUUGGGAAGGGGGCAGUUAAACUGAGGAAGCUGUACCUACAGUUCUUGUCACUUCCGCAACAUGUUUGCCAAAUUUCGCCUGGACCAAACUAUGACUUCUUCUCCUCGGUCAUGCGCUUUAUAAUAUCAUCACCUGUGAUGCCUGAUGCUGUCGUUGAUUAUGACCUGGCCACAGGUAGGUGGAGCAUCAUCCAACAGCAAAAUAUACUUCAUGACAGAACAAGAAUACUAUAUGGUAAAAAUUCUGCAAGUAUUAGCGUGGACUCCUCAAAUUCCAAACACUCUAGUACUGUGAAUGCCAACUUGGAAGAUGAUCACUUAUGGAAUGACCUGUCUGAGUUUUAUGCCUGUGAACAAUAUGAGGUUCCUUCAGUUGAUGGAGUUUUGAUUCCUUUGACUAUUGUUUUUGCACGUAACCAUAAGCCAGAGGAUAAAAACCCUGGAAUAUUGCAUGGACAUGGAGCUUAUGGUGAAUUACUUGACAAAAGGUGGCACAGUGAAAUGAAAAGCCUCCUAGAUCGAGGUUGGGUUGUUGCCUACGCUGAUGUAAGAGGUGGAGGUGGUUUUGGAAAGAAAUGGCAUCACGAUGGGAGAUGUACCAAGAAAAAUAAUUCUAUCAAUGAUUAUAUCUCUUGUGCCAAGUUCCUCAUUGAAAAAGAUAUUGUGCAUGAAAACAAAUUGGCUGGUUGGGGAUAUAGUGCCGGAGGACUUUUGGUUGCUUCUGCCAUUAAUCGUUCUCCAGAUUUAUUUCGUGCUGCAGUCUUGAAGGUUCCAUUUUUAGAUGCCACCAAUACUCUUUUGUAUCCCAUCUUGCCACUUUUAGCUGUUGAUUAUGAAGAGUUUGGCUACCCUGGGGACCUUGAUGAUUUUAUUGCAAUUCGAGAAUAUUCUCCAUAUGACAAUAUACAAAAGGAUGUUCUUUAUCCAGCUGUAUUAGUAACCUCAUCUUUCAAUACACGAUUUGGUGUAUGGGAAGCAGCAAAAUGGGUCGCACGAGUACGUGAUCUUUCAAUUUAUGAUCCAAAGCGGCCAAUAUUGCUGAAUCUGACCUCAGAUAUAGUGGAGGAAAACCGUUAUUUGCAGUCCAAGGAAUCAGCAUUAGAGGCUGCAUUUCUCAUUAAGACGAUGGAAUCUUAGAUAUCCAAGUAAUCGUUUGCUUAAUCUCUGAAAUACAGUUUGCGUGUGUGAGAUGCAUGCCUCCAUAUGGCAAUCUAAUAUAAAAAUGAAAUUGUACUUUGGUUGAACCAAUAUCCAGUCAGGAGCUCUACAUGGGAAACACUUAGCAUUCAAUAUUCUUUUCCAGCUGGUGCUAGGCUUAUAGCCUUCGAUCAUACUUGGGGCAUGUAUGAUCCUUGGAUGAUCUUAUUACCAAACUGAAACUGUGGUAAAACAAUCAACACAAUUGACACGAUGGCGUUUACUUGCUUUAUCAUGCACCUAUAGGAC